AUGCCGCAGGUAGAAAACGUUGAGAAUUAUGUUCUUGUGUGGUUGGAUCAAUCCAACGGUGGUAAGGGUAAAAGUGGUGAAGUAUCAAAACGUCAACUUCAACAGGUGGUUAAUUGUGUGAAAAUAUUUUUGGAUCCUAAAGCAUGUCACGAAUUCAUGUCAAAUGUCAAAGACGUGAAGAUCUUUGUGAUUGUCUCGGGUGCAGUCGAAGAGGAUUUCGUUUCAAGUAUUCAUGACGAAAAACAACUCGAAUCGAUCUAUGUCUAUUCUCCUGGGAAAGUUCAAGAAUCUUGGUUUGGUGAAUAUCAAGAAAUUACUGGUAUUUACACUACUAUAGAUGCGCUGUGUGAACAGUUAAGCAAAGAUGUAACGCGGCUCGAUCGUACGCUGCUAGGUUUUGAAAUGAUGGAACGAUCGAAGUCAAAGGAUGGAUCCAACGCUAGUCAACAAGAAGCGUCGUUUAUGUACGAUCAGUUGUUUCGAGACAUUGUUCUAUCAGUAAAAGAUGAGGAUAUGCAAGAUAUGUAUGACUUUUGCCAGACACGAUAUCAUGGAAAUAGCAACGAACUAUCGAAUCUCAAAGAUCUCAAAACGACAUACUCAGCGAACACGUCUAUCUAUUGGUAUACUCGAGAUUCAUUCCUUUAUCGCAUGCUGAACAAAGCUCUUCGUACUCAUGACUAUGAUACAUUGUAUACUUUACGCGUAUACAUUCGUCACCUGCAUCAACAGAUCGCUUCCGAACAAGGAUCAAAAGGUAUCGAUGUGAAGAAGUUGUACCGUGGACAAGCAUUUGAGAAGGAUGACUUUGAGCAACUUAGUAAAACGGAAAAGGGGCUAUUCUCAGUUUCAAAUUUUCUCUCCACUACUUCAGAUCGCGAAGUAGCUCUUGGAUUUGCACGUGAAAAUCUUGGUAAUAACAGAAAAGUAAGCACUCUGUUUGAAAUUACAAUCGAGAAGACUACGGCUAUCCCUGUGACCUGCGUAAGCGGGCUCAGUUACUACAAACUUGAAAAAGAGUGGCUUUUUUCCAUGGGAUCGGUCUUUCGUGUCGGUAAAUUGAAACAUUCAGCGGAAGGUAUAUGGAUCGUUCCUUUGACCUUAACAGAUGACUACGACAAGCGACUUACCGCUUUGAAAGAACAUUUUAAAAAAUCUAUGGAAGAUAGUAAUGUUUGCCUUAAUUUCGGUAGACUAAUGUACCAAAUAGCAGCAUGGAAAAAGUCCGACUACUUCUAUCGCGAAGCAAUUCAAGUUGAGACUUCACCUCAGCGUCUUUCAGUAUUAUAUAACAAUCUUGGAAUGGUCAAAGACGAGUUGGACCAAUACGAUGAAGCGCUACGUUAUUACUCCAAGUCACUGGACUUGAAGAAAACUGAAGAGUCAGGCAGUGCAGCAGACGACGCAACAACGUACAACAAUAUUGCAACUCUGUAUUGGAAAAUGAAGAAAAUGGAUAAAGCUAUUGAAUAUUAUGAAAAAGCAAUUGAAGAUUGCAAUGCUCAAGGUAAUAGCAAUGAGGGAUUAGUAGCCACAUUGCAUACUAACAUGGCUGGAGUUCUAAACGAACAAGGCAAACAUGAGGAAGCCUUAGAAAGAUGCCAAGAAGCGUUAAAGAUAAACUUAAAGAUUUUUCCAGAGAUUCAUCCCAGAAUAGCAACUACGUAUGGCACUAUCGCGAAUACGAUGCAUCGCUUGAAGUUGUACAGCAAGGCUGUUGAAUAUGGUGAAAAAGCAGUCGACAUAGAUCGCAGCUCUCUGCCGAAAGAUCAUCCUCAAACGUUGGGUCACCAGAACAAUCUUACAGUAUACAAACAGGCGAAAGAACAGGCCGAAAUGGAUAACAAUCAAUAA